CGAUACGAUGCGGCGCAGCACCACAGCACGGUAUUAUAAAUAAGCACGCAUCUCAGCGUGUCCCCUCUUUCUUAGUUUUUGCCCAAUUUCUUAACUUGCCCACAAGAGGGAUCUUGAGCUGCCCAUGGUCAAAGUCGCCGACUUGGCUUAAAAUGUUUUGUCAAAGUUGCCUCACAACUACACGCGCUGUCAUAGAGGAUCUGCAUCUUACUCGUCCUGGUACAAAAUCUUCGAAGACACUCCAUAAAUCACUGGCCGAAUUGCACCAGUCGGUCGUGACCCAAUGUUGGAUCUGUCGGCAAUUAUGGACCUCGCUGUUCUGGCGAGAAGAUGACGAUUCCACCCCGGCCAAGCAAUUAUCCAUGGACCCCGAGACCCUGGUCAGGUGGCAGAACAGUCUGGUUAAACUUGGAAUAUCAGUCAAAAACAAUUACAUGCUGCUAUCCUUGACAAUAUUUCGGCUCCCAAUGACGAAAACUAGUCCCCGCCGUUCUUCGGACUUCAUUCUUACGCGAAAGCCUCGCUAUACAGAAAGACGCCCAUCAUAUCUAGGGGAGGAGAUUAUCGACGACGAUACAUUCGCAAUCAGAAAGCCCUGGAUGUGGAAACAUUGGCUUCGUAUCUGCUCACAGUCUCAUCACAAAUGUCGCGCAUUGGACCAUGAAUCCAAACAAAUGGUGCCUGACAGGCUGCUUGAAAUAUCUACCAACGAUGGUGGCAUUUCAUUCGAGUGGAAGCUUGUUCUUACUGCUGGUCUUGAGAAUAUCUUGUAUCUCACUUUGAGUCAUUGUUGGGGCGCAUCCCAACACGCAAGGCUAGAAAAAGAAAAUAUUUAUGCUCGGAUGGAGCCUACUAGUUCUUCUGCAUUGCCAAAAACUUUCCAACAUGCCUUCCAUAUCGCAUUUAAGCUCGGAUUCCAUUUUAUUUGGAUCGAUUCUUUAUGUAUCAUCCAGAACGACCUAGACGAUUGGUUGACUCAAGCGUCGAUGAUGGGAUCAAUCUAUGAAGGCGCCUCCUGUAACAUUGCUGCAACAUGGGCACCAGAUGGCGAUGGCGGCUGCUUUGCAACGAAGGAAACCAGGACUAUAUUAUUAAAUUUUCCGCUCGGACAGACAUGGGAAUACUACGUUGACAGCUAUCUGCUUUACUAUAAGGAUCUUAUGGAAGCCCCAUUAAACACCCGAGGAUGGGUUACCCAGGAACGGUACCUAGCAAGACGCCAACUGAGUUUCGCGAAAAGCCAAAUAUACUGGGAAUGUCGAGAGCUCACCGCUUCUGAACAAUACCCCAACGGCAUACCAGAAGCUUUGAUGGACUUGUCUCCUUACAACCAAGCAGCACCCCCCGUCGGAAAACCAACCCUGGACCAUGCAAAUACAUUCCAACGCCGCGCUGCCUGGGCAGGUCUGGUAGACUUCUACUCUAAUUGCAAAUUCUCGAAAAUUUCAGAUAAGAUGAUUGCUCUGGCUGGCUUGGCCAGACAGAUGAGUCUCAUGGAAGAAGACACGUAUCUCGCAGGACUCUGGAGAAAGGACAUUGAAAGUCAGCUAUGCUGGGUCACGGAUGACGACGUACGAAGAAAAGAUGAUCGGCGUAGGAUAAAACCUUAUGAAGCGCCCACCUGGUCGUGGGCAAGCAUGGAUGGGCCAGUCAGAAGUGAUCAAUGGUACUAUCUUGACGAAGAUCAUCCCACGUCUUUGAUCGAAGUUGUGGAUGUAACCAUCCACUCAACACACGAGUCCAAAUUGCACAGUUUCACUCCAUCUGGCAUGGUUCUUCGAGGGAUUGCUGUAUGGGCUAGACCCAAGUCUUUACAGUUUCAAGAGAAUCGUGUUGAAGACGAUUGCUGGAUACUUCAAUGCACUGAUCUUGAAAAUGAUGGUACGACAAUAGACAUUUGCGUGAGCAUUACUUGGGAUGAGAAUAUAUCUAAGUCAGAUGUCGAUAUAGAAAGACGGGCUUCUCUUCUUUCAGAACGACAUUCUCAUCUCCUUUGCAUGCUUGUCAAGUACGAUGAUUGGGGUGAUGAGACAUGGUUCACCGGAUUGAUAUUAAGACAACAACGUUUUCCAGCGGAUGAAAUUUCUUAUACCCGAAUGGGUACUUUCAUGACACAGGACAAAAAUCCGCUGGGUACACUGGCCGCCAGGUUGGAGUAUAUAUCUAGCUACCCUGUGGUUGAAGGUGCAAGACUUGAGUCUACUGACCUUGCAAGGUUUGUUUGUACUGUCAAAAUUUUCUAG